UUGUAACGGUCGUCACGGUGGGUGCAGAGUCUGCAACGUCAUCAUCGCUCCCAACGACUCCCCCAGCGUCACCUCGAGCGUCCCUCGCAGCCUUCCUCCCCACCGCCGGACGGCUCCCUGUCACUUCCUCCGCUCACGCCACUCUGUCGGUGAAGGGAAAGGUGUUUAUGCGCUAUGUGGCCAGGCUCACUCCCCCUCGUAGCAACGGAAAAGUGGUUGGCGACCGAGGAGCAACUGGAAGAAAUGUUUUAAAGGGAGUCAA